CCAGUUGACUUUGUUGCAGAGUAGUUUUUGUAACUACUUGACUGAAAUUCUUUUGAAUUUUUAGGUGAUGCUGAUUUGGAUAAGUCUAUUUGGAGAAAUAUAGAUCAACUAAGAGAUAUAUUAGUUGCAACGAUUUCGUUUCUGUUCCAUCAAGGUUCUGGACUAACGAAAGCACAAGAGAAGACACUUUUGAGGAUGACAUUUGUCCCUUGUGAUUUGGCUUGUUUCAUUGGUUUUUUGGAAACACCGAACACAAGGUUCAUAGACAUUCAGUGGCUUUUGGAUGAGUCUUUGUUCUGGACAUCAGAAGAGAAAUAUUUAUUUGUUAGGAAACUUUACGACAUAAUUGUAGUUAUGGAAAAGUACUGGGCUCAUUCUAAAACGGAGAGUUACAUUAAGAAUAAGCUGGAAGCUAUGAAGUACGGAUACUCCGAAACUAGUCAUGUACAGGUAUCGGAUACGCCCCCGAUACGCCCCAAUAUGUAUCGGAUACGGCAAACGGAGAGUUACAUUAAGAAUAAGCUGGAAGCUAUGUAGUACAGAUACUCCGAAACUAGUCACGUAUAGGUAUCGGAUACGCCCCGAUACGUAUCGGAUACGGCUAAUAAGUAUCCUGUAAUUAAAUAAAAUGUUUUUAUUUUUGGAUACGUUUAGGAUACGCGAGAGAUACAUGAGGGAUACCCGCCCAGAUAGUUUGAUCAAUAACCCAAGAGCCGAGCUC